AUGAAAAAGAUAUUGUUGAUUUUUUAUGUAAUCCUAUUGAUUUACGGAAGUGAUGGAAGAAGAAAAAGUAAAAAGAGACUUAGAGAGACAAGUUCAGAAGUGAGUUCGUAUCGGAAUUUAGACCUGCGAGGGCGGCUGAGAAAAUCCCUUUUCGUGAUUAACGCAUUAGAAAAUCUAGCACAGAAUACAAUAUGUUCACCUAUGUCUGCUUUACUUCCUAUCGGUAAACUGGCGUUGGGUGCCCGAAAUACCACUUUAGAAGAACUCCUUGAAGGCGUCGGUGUAAUCAGCCAACAAAAGAUAAAACCACAUUUCAAACGCCUUAUAGCUGAAUUGAGGUACCUACCAGGUGUCAAAUUGGAUUUAGCCAGCAGAUUAUACAUAGACCAACAUGCAAAAUUAGUUUCCUCUUUCGAAUCUGAGGCAAAAGAGAUUUUCAACUCCAGUGUAGUGAAAGCUGACUUUGAAAGUCCUGUUAUUACAGCAGACAAGAUUAAUGCAUGGGUAGAGUCACAGACAGCUGAUAUGAUUCACGAUAUGAUAUCUCCAGAUGAUAUUAGUCCAGAUUCUUCCGUGAUUAUGAUAAACGCCAUCUAUUUUAAUGGUAAAUGGGCGAUGCCUUUCCAUAAUAUACAGACCUCGACGUUUCACACACCAUCUGAUGUGCGUAGAAUUCUCAUGAUGUCUACAACAGGGCUGUUUAAUUAUACUGAAAGUGGCGCAUUAGACUCUCAGAUUCUAAAACUACCUUACGUGGGUGGUGUAGCUUCUCUCAUAAUAGUGUUACCGAAAGCCAGAAAUGGUCUACCGUUGCUCUUGAGCCAAAUCAAGCUGGCCCCGGAGAUAUUAGACUCGGCACUUGCAGCAUUUUGGGAAACCACCUUGCAGGUUACGAUACCGAAGUUUAAGAUAUCAGCUGAGAUGGAUUUACGUAAAUUGUACGAGAGGAUAGGAAUAAAGCGCAUGUUUAACGCGCAAGAGUCGGGACUAUCCAAUAUCGUGAGGGAAAAGACCGUCUUUGUGUCUAAAGCGAAGCAGAAGGCUGUUAUUGACGUAAAUGAACGAGGGACGGAGGCUUCGGCGGCGACUUGUGAGUAA